AUCGACAAAUCGACGGAUUCUGCGGUUCUGUAGUUUUAAGCUAAAACUACAAGCAUGAAUUACGUUGUAUUUUUUGGUGUUUUGACCGUCGUAAAUCUCUCAAUGUUAACUGGGACAACAGCGUCUCACAGUGUAAGACACAGUGUAAGAAAUCUUUUUGAUAAGCUUUCUAGACUUCUAAUCUACAGGCAUCAAUUGGUUAAAAAAGAAGCGGCUAAUCACUUGAGGAAUGAAGGUUCUUCCAGUCAUCAUGUUACCACAAAUGGCGCAAACACAGACAUUCCAUUCGCAGUAAUGGCCGGAAAAGUUUACAAAGUCGACGCCUUCGAGAAAGAUGACAAAGGAAAGAAGUUGAUUUCCAUAGCAGCUACGAAGAGAAAAUUCAAGAUGGCGUGUCUCCCUUUGCCAGAGGCUCGGCAACAUUGUGCUUCCAAGACGAAGGAAACUCAUCUGCAUUACGUAGAACUUCUAGAUGGACCGGACAUGUUUGAGGCUUACUGUACUUCGGACCCCUCCGUCGUCCUGGACAACGUCAAACACCUCUGCUCGAGCUAUUCCUGUGGCAAUAGCAACGCAUGCACAAUGGUAUACCUGUUUAAAAUCAGAGUGAACAAAGGGGAUAAAGAAGAAUGCAAGAUUAAGGGCUUCGCUUCGCUGAACGGUGGAUCCCAAAAUCAUGGUGAAGACGAUUGCCCAACACAGUCACAAAGUUCAUCAUUGUUGGACGAAUGCAAGGCAAAGAAUGGUAUGCUCAGUCCUGAAGAUAUGGCAUGGAAUAAAGAAGCAAAUAUUGAAUCUUUAUGUAAAGUAGAAGAUGCCCCUGCUACUAACUCUGCUCCUGAACCAGCACCGGCUGUGGGAAUGUCUUAACCAACCGAUUAGAGGAAAUGAGUCAACCAUGUCUUAGUUUUGAAGAUAAAAAGACAAAAAUUUGAA